ACACACGCACACACACACCCGCCCCCCCUCUAGAGGAUUAUGUUUCUUUCGUUUUCAUUUCCCGGAAGGAUCGAAGAUGAAAAUAGUAGAGUUUUAUUUAAUCGAGUGUUUUAUAUAUUACUCCAUUUGAAAUGGACUUCCCGGAGGUUUGACCGUCACUUAGUUUCAUUUAUGGGACGACUCGUGGGUUUGCUGUCAAGGAAAUAAUCGUUUCUUCCGUACAGUCGAAUAGAUAGAGGACAUUUCCAUGGAGAACGUUUCCCCGCCACCUUUGAUCAAGCAAGAAAACGGGGCAAACUCUCCUGUGACUGUAGUGCAUGGAAGCCAAGUCAACGUCCCUCUCAGUGUGCAACACUCUCCCCCUACCCAGCUUCCUGUGGUCAGUCCUCCCACUCAGGAGGACUUGUGGCAUCUACCAGGACGGCUGCGAAUAAACCCAUCUCUGUGGGACAAGGAGGACGUUGCACACUGGCUCCACUGGGCUCAGAAGGAGUACUCUCUGCGCCGGCCCGAGAAGGGACGCUUUGAGAUGAACGGUCGAGCCCUGUGCCUGCUCACCAAGGAGGACUUCAGGCGCCGUUGUCCCAGCUCAGGUGAUGUCCUGUAUGAGAUCCUGCAGUGUGUAAAGCAGCAAAGAAGGAGUGCAAUGACUCCCUCUCAGGCGACCGGGAACAUCCAGAGCCCGGUGAGCUGCCAGAUCCCCCCGCAGAGCGUCCAAGAGGGCCAGCCUCCCACAGUCGGUGACAGCCAAGUUUCCCUGGCUUUCACAACUGCAGUGUCGGCAGCUGUUGUAACCGCCAUGACGAGCCAGCCAGAGCCCACGUCACCUCUCAGAGAUCGCCCCAUGAUCUUUUAUGCCUACCCUGCUCCGCUCACACACACCAAUGGAUCAGCAGAUGUCUCCACGUCGCCCCUCAACCAAGCCCCUCCACAAACAGAGGGCAUCGUCCAGGAACCGCUCAACCUGUCCAGCAGAGAGAAGCCCAGGAGCCCACUGCACAAAGCCAACGGCCGCCUCCCCGAGUGCAGGCUGCUGUGGGACUACGUGUAUCAGCUGCUGUGUGAUGACCGUUAUCAGGAAUACAUCAGGUGGGAGGACCAGGACAGCCUGGUGUUCAGAGUGGUCGACCCAAACGGAUUGGCACGCCUCUGGGGGAACCACAAGAACCGAGACAAUAUGACGUAUGAGAAGAUGUCCCGUGCUCUCCGGCACUACUACAAGCUGAACAUCAUCAAAAAGGAGCGAGGACAAAAACUCCUCUUCAGGUUUCUCAAACUCCCACAGGACAUCAAGAAACCGCUGGCCGACUGCGCCGAGUCCCCAGAUCACAGCAGCAGUCCUGCACAUGAUUUCAGCGAGGAUCAUUUUGAGGUUUCCCCUGAUCGUGCUUCUCCACAGCCUCCCCCAUAGGAAAAAAACAAAAAAAAACAAAAGAGUGUAUUAAAUGUAUAAAUGGAUUCGAUAAAAUAACACACAUUAUUACAGAGGAUUAUGGUGCAUUUACCUUGCAUUUUGAGCUUCAGAAAAUAACCCAUGCAUAUACAGAUUUCACAAAAUGUAAUUCACAUACAAAUGUUCUGUACAGCCACAAUUCCAAAAAGGCUGGGACACCGUGCACAGCAAAUACAAUCGAAUGCAAGGACUUAAAAACACCUUUCGACUGAAUUUUAAAUUGAAUACAGCACAAAGACAAGAUAUUUCAUGCUCAAACUGAUUUUUUUGUUUUUUGUAAAAAAAGGAAAAAAAUACACUCAUGUUCCAAAAACAGUCCUUUUCUUUACGCCAUGAACAGCAUCCCAACUUUUCUGGGGAGUCAGGUUUGUUAUGUAUUGUGAGGAGUUCUUGCACUGUGAGGUUGCUUUUAAUGUUGCUGUGAAUCGUUGUAUUUAUCACUGUGAUCAGAGCGAACACUAAUGUCAAGGGAUGAGGAAAACUGUGAAAGAAAUUACAUCAAUACUCAAACAGCCAGAUAAUCAUAGGAACUAAAAUUUCUCAGGCUUUUAUCGUUUGGUGAUUGUUCGUGGUCACACAAAAAUUGUUCGACUUGCUUGGUUGAAUGCCAAUUUUUACAAGUCGUACAGUUUUUUUUUUUACAUUUUAUUUUACAAAUAGUUUGCUUUACUAACCUCAAGUUGAGGUCUUUUUAAGUUUCACGUUUGCAAUAGCCUGCGGGCUAAUUGUCAACAUUUUCCCUGCUUUAUAAAAUAAAUAUUUUGAAUGGUG